UGUUACAUAUUUUAUGAUGUUAAACAAUAUAACAACAAAAUAGAUUUUUCCUAAUAAGAAUAAAAACCUUUUUCUUGAGGAUAAUAUUACAAAGUUGAAACUAAGCAGAAAACCUAAUGGAGAAGUAAACUAGUGAAAAAGAUGCAAGAUGUCUGGUCAUUCUCUUGUAGAAGUUUUAAGAAUUCUUGAAAGUCAAAAUCUAACAGAAUUAGAUGACACAAAAAAGGCCAUUGCAAAAGUAUCCAAUGAAAUAUCAAAAAACAAGGAAAAUAUUAAAAUCCAUAUUGAAAAAAACUUUAACAAUUUAUAUUCAAAUGUAAACAGUACUGAAAAUAUACUAAACGAAGGCGAAAAUAUAAUACGAGAGGUGAAAAAUAUUCUUAAAGAAAUUGAAAAUGAAACUAAAUUACAAUUGCAAAUGAGUGAUAAUGAAAUUGAACAUUUUAAAGAGGAAUUACUUGAAAUUUUUCUUGGUUUGAAAAUCGCUCAGAAACUUUUAAAAAUUGAUGAAUUGUUUGAACAGCUUGAAGAGAUAAAAAAAACCGAAGACACUCUUGUAAUAAUGGAAAUAGUAGGUAAAUUAAAAAGUUUAAUAUUUGAUGGAAACGACAAAGUAUUACCACGAUUAGUGUGUUAUCAGCAAAUAAAAGUAAAAUAUUAUACAGAAUCUGAAAUGCUUCUAUGCAAUUUAAAUCAACAAUUUGAUGAAUUAGUUAAACUAGAGGAAAAUAUUUCAAAUGAUGAUAUUAAAAUAACAACAAUUAAAAUUUCUAAAGAUCAAAAUAAAUUAAAAAAUAUUAUCAUCGGUUUAUUCAACGCUAAAUAUAAUCCUACAAAAAUUUGUUCGUUUUUAUUAAGUAAAACCUUCGAACCUAUAAUAAAAACAGAGGUUUCUUUAAAUUUUAAUGAAGACAAUAUAUGUGAAUAUAAUGAAUUAAUACUAUCAUAUAAGGUAAAAAGUUUAACCAUGGAUCUUGAAAAACCUAAUUACAAUACAGUUUUAGAUAAUAUAGUAAAAGUAUUAAAUUUUCUUCAUAUUAUUAAUAUUCAAAUUUCAGAAACAAUAUGUGUUUUUAAAAUAUUUGGCAAAUUUUUGAAAGAUAGAUUUUUGGAAUCAUUAAUAAAUAAAUGUUUAGUGCACUCCAUUCCAGAUGUAUCAGAAGAAAUGAGAGAUUCCACUUUCAUAAAAGAUAUAUUAAAGUUUAAUGAAAUUUUAAUUGAUUUUCAAUUAAUUGAUAUUAAUAAAGAUAAAGAAUUGAUUUCAUUUAUUGAUAAUGUUGUUAUGCUUUCAAAAAAUCGAUUUCAUAAGAAAUGUAUUGAUGAAGCAAUAAAUAUUAUGAAAAAGGAUCUAUAUAAUAUGGUUCGUGUUGAGAAAAGCGUUUCUUCAGACUUGGUAAACCAAAAAUAUGCAUUUCCACAAUGUAUGGUAUCUAAAAGUAUAUUGGAAUUAGUUACUUUAUUGAAUAAAAUAAUUGAGGAAGAAGAUGAGAAAAGCUUUGCAGUUAUUUCUUCAAUCAUAAAUUAUUAUAUUGAAGAAGUUCCAAAAUAUCAUGAAAAGAUGUUAAAAAGUAUUCCGCAACAAACUGCUUUAUUUUUUAAUAAUACUAUGCAUUUAGCAAAUUGGCUAUUAUCACAUUUUGAUGAUGAUAAUGGAGAAGUACAAAAUCUAUUUCAAUUAUUAGAAAAUUUAGCUUCAGAGUAUUUUGCAAAAGAAGUUGAAACACAACAUAAUAACUUGUAUACAUUUUUUAAGAAUUUUGAUUUAUCGGAUGCCGUUUCCGAAUUGGGGUCUGAAACACAAAAAGUUAUUCUACAAUGUUUACGUCAAUUGGAUUUAUUAAAGAAUGUUUGGCAAUCUAUAUUAACAGAUGACAUGUACAAUAAUACUAUGUUAAAUUUAAUUGAUGAUUUUUGCAAGGAGCUUAUAAAAAAUAUAAUGAUAAUUGAAGAUAUAUCAUCUGCAGUAUCAACAGAACUUGUAGAAAUUAUUGACAUUAUUGAAGAAAGAAUUCCGCGUUUAUUCGAAGAUCAAAAUAUUAUAAUUCAAGCAAAAUUUUGGCUUAAGUUAAAACAACUUAAAACUAUAUUGGGUGCCAGCAUGUUACAGAUAACGGAAUUAUGGCUAGAUGGUGUUGGACCAUUAAGUUUAAAUUUUAAAGCUGAAGAAAUUAGACACCUUAUAAGAGCACUUUUUCAAAAUACGGAAAGAAGGGCAAAUACACUAGCUUCUAUUAUAUAAAAUUUAAAUACUUGAAUAGUAUUCAGCUUUUAUGGGUAUACGUCAUGUUUUCAGAAAACUAAUGUUAACAAUGUUAAAUUACAAUUUUAAUAAAAUAUUUCUUUUUCAGUCC